GGCAUCUCCCGCAGUACCACCGUGGUCGUCGCCUACGUCAUGACCGUCACGGAGCUGAGCUGCCAGGAGGUGCUGGAGGCCAUCCGAACCGUCCGGCCCGUCGCCAACCCCAACCCCGGCUUCAGGCAGCAGCUGGCUGAGUUCGGCGGCGGCGCAGCCCGCAAGGUCCGCAGGCACCUGAAGCAGAGGUAUGGGACAUCCCCGUUCAACGACGAGGAAGAAAUAAAGGCCUUACUGCCGGCAGGGAGAAGAGAACCGUCCAGGACGGAGGGAGCUCUGCAAGGACUGGUCCCAAGAGCCAGAGACAUCAGGAGCACAACUCCCUUCCUGCUGCGGGUGAAGAGGACGUUCUCGUGCAUCCCAGCUUGUCUGAAGUGA